UGCGGAGCGGGGCGGGCGGAAUGGCUCGUCGCCGCUCCGCGUAGUGGCCGCGUCCGUUCCGCGCGGGGUGGCGUGGUUUUAGGGGCUGGGAGAAGAGUUGCUAGCUGGAGCGGGAGCGGGAGCAGGCGGCCCAUGGCCCCGCAGGGAGGCGUCCCGCGGCUGGUGCUGCUGUUCAGCGGGAAAAGGAAAUCAGGAAAAGACUUCGUGACCCAGGAGCUUCAGAACAGACUUGGAGCAGAUGUCUGUGCUGUCCUCCGGCUCUCUGGUCCCCUCAAGGAGCAGUAUGCUCAGGAACAUGGCUUGAACUUCCAGAGACUCCUGGAUGCCAGCGCCUACAAGGAGGCUUAUCGCAGGGACAUGAUCCGCUGGGGGGAGGAGAGGCGCCAGGCUGACCCUGGCUACUUCUGCAGGAGAAUCGUGGAGGGUGUCUCCCAGCCCAUCUGGCUGGUGAGCGACACGCGGAGGUUGUCUGACAUCCAGUGGUUUCAGGAGGCCUAUGGGACUGUGACACAGACGGUCCGUGUGGUAGCUUUGGAGCAGAGCCGACAGCAGCGGGGCUGGGUGUUCACGCCAGGGGUGGACGAUGCCGAGUCAGAAUGUGGCCUGGACAACUUUGGGGGCUUUGACUGGGUCAUCGAGAACCAUGGAGAUGCACAGUGCCUGGAGGAGCAGCUGGAGGUCCUGACAGAGUUUAUCCGCUGCAGACUGUAGGCGCUGGCUGCCAGGAUGGUUGGGCUGAGAGGCUGGGCCCAUGCUCCCGGGGUGGGGCCCUGAUCCUGGCCAGGUUGGGGAGCAGAUGGAGGGCCUGUGCCUAGAUUCUGGGGGCCAGUGGAUGUCAAGUGGAUCAGGAGAUUUGAGGACCUUAUUUUCUCUGGGAGGAGGACAGCACUGCCUCUUCAGGGAGAGACUUAAAGGGGGAAGGAGGGUGGGAUGGCUGUGCUUGGAGCAGAAACGCCAUUGCCUCUGUGGGCGUCAGGCCUUGCAGCCAGGUGGCCUCCCUUUCUUUCCAGGAUGUGCUCAGCCUCUUCUCUGGACAGGAGCACAGGCUCCUUAAUGUGGCUGCUAAUAAACCUCCCUGGAAUAUGUGUUCAGA